AUGACAUCCACAACUCCGACAAACGAGCCCUCCUCGCAGCGGCGCAAGCGUUCCAAAUCCCCGCGCUCGCGCCCAACCACUCCUCUACGCCCUUCCUCCCGCAGCUCUCUCCGCGAUAGUGCCCAACGCGUACGCGGCCCUUACCCACCAUCCAGCUCCCCGCUCGACAAGCUCGAACCAGAUUUUGCAGAAUUGAGCGACGCAAUGGCAGACCUAGAGGCUAAUUUCAUGCAAUUACAACUCAUGCACGAGAGCCUGGCACGCUUCUCGGAGAGCUUUGCCGGGUUUCUAUAUGGCCUGAAUAUGAAUGCUUUUUGUGUUGACUUUCCAGAGACGCCGAUUCCAGAGUCCUUCAAACGCCAACAAAACCAACCUGAUUACUCUUCUUUGGUCGGGUUGAAUCGAUCGCAAGGUGCCGAUGGAGAUGUAGAAGCUACAUUUCUGACCACAGACACUUCGUUCGUAGAGAAUCCACCGAGUAGCAAGGCUGCAACAAAGUUCCAGACGCCCGCGCCUGCUUCCAAGAGAGGUAGAGGAGGUGGUGGUAUACCCAGGGGACCAAGAGGUGGUGGUAUUCCGACAAGAGGAGGCGUAUCAAGAGGCACCAGAGGUGGAAGUGGCAUUGCAAGGGGCAGUGCGGUAGGUCGGGGAAGAGGUGUACGGUAA